AUGACCAGCUCGGGAACUCACAGAAAGAGUAGUGAAAGUAAGUUGGAGUGUAAGGUGCCGCGUGCUCCCGAAAGCAGGGUGACGAAACCAGCUGCUUCUCCGGACAGCCAGCUUUAUUCGACCACCACAGGCCUCUCGCCCACCAAAGGCAGGAACUCCCUGGAGGAGGCAAAUCCCACAUGCAAGCAGCGCCCAAACUACGUGGAGCCAUCGAUGCUUAUCUCCGUAUCAGAGGACACAGCUGCAGCCGCGCACUCGUCAACAAAGUCACAGCCUCUGAACUGGACUGAGUCAGAUGUGCGGGGACAAGCAGCGAAGCCAACCUCUAGCUCCACUCCGUCAAAAGCGGCCUCUCUGCUUGUGGACCCAACCGUCGCCCAGUACCCCGACACCCAGAGCCACAAACAUGACUACAGCCAUCCGGGAAAUCCCUCGUACAUCCAGUUGUCCACGCUGAUCGCUGGCGGAUCGGAUAAUGGGACAUUUAUCCAACGUGGUUGGCUUACCAAUACUUCUGAACUGCAUGUGCGCUUAUCAGCAACCGCUUGCAAGUUUUUCAACCCCUGCCUUUCGAAUACGGCUCAGCUGCAGCACAAUAUGUACAUCGCUUGCUCAAAAUUUGUAGUAGAGCCCACUUUUAGUGGCGAAUUCGAUGCAGAUGCAGGUUUUGACGAUCGACCUGCUGAGGAUGGAUCAGAAGGUAAUGCGGGUUUACGCCGCGUGGACUCACAGGCGCGAUCCAUCUCAUCCCCCGUGACUCCUGGAGUAUUUUCAUUUACUCCACACAACUGUCCCCAGCCUGUUUUGCUAUCUACUCUGGAAAUCAACCGGUGUCGCGCACAUCGUGGAGAGAACACUGAAUGUUGGGGUACUCUUUACAAACCGGGGGACGAUGUCACUUUUUAUGUGGAAACGGGUGAUAUCGAGAACACAGCUAUCGUGAUCGAAUUUUAUCGUCAGGAGAGGAGAAACAAAUUACAAGACACUGCGCAGACAAACGCUUCGCCUCUUCGGCUCAUCGGCUGUGCACGGUUUGGCCCAUUCGAGGGAACUUAUGGCCGUAAGGCUUCCCAGAUCUUGAGCUCCAAACAGCUUCCAAUCGGGGAUUUACGAGUUCAAUAUUUGGUUAUACAUCCAAUGACAAAGGCACCUGCCCCAAGUCUUGCUGUGACAUACCAACAUCACUGGAAGAAACGCAAGGCUGUGGACAUUGGACACCGAGGUAUGGGCACAUCCUUUCUCGGACAUUCACAGAAGAGUACCAAAAAGCCGGCCAAUAAUAAGGAGAAUACUCUGGACUCGUUCAGGACUGCAGUCCAACAUAUUCGUCGAUGCCUGUCUGCAGAUGUCUCUCUGUUUGGUAACGAAUCAAAACUUCAUUGGAUUUCCGAACACCCAUCCUACAACUUUAGUUUAUCAACGGACACGAUACUCCUCGCCGAGCACCUACGCGCUGCAAGUGGUACCCUUUUUCUCUGGUUUUUGAUCGCAUCCAUUUUCUUCCGUUUUCCCGAAAACCCCGAAUCAUGUUAUCCACAGGGCGCAGACUUUGUUGAGAUGGACGUGCAGUUGACGAAAGAUCACAAGGUGGUUGUUUACCAUGACUACGAAGCCGUUGUUAUCUCCAGAAAGAAACGUGGUGGUCGACUGUCCUAUCUUCCAAUCGCAAUUAAGGACUUGAACUAUGACGACCUUCGUGAACUGAAAGUUCAUCAUUCGAGUGUUUUGCAAGAACCUCACACUCACGAAAAAAUGGAUGAAGACGACUUGGAUCCAAUCGAGAUGCAGUCUUUCCCACUUCUUCGCUCCUGUUUUAAUGAACUGGAUCCUGAUCUUGGCUUCGUGAUAGAAGUGAAAUAUCCUAUGGAUUUCAAAGCCGGUGGUUGUGAGAUGAGCAACUUCUUCGAAUAUAACUUCUAUGUGGACACAAUACUCAGAGAAAUUCUCUCUUUUGCCGGUCCUCGUCGCAUCCUGUUGUCUUGUUUUGAUCCCAAUGUUUGCAUAAUGUUGCAGCUUAAACAAAAUAUCUACCCUGUCUUUCAAUUGGGCAUAGCACCCGAAUACGCGGACACGCGGCAGAACGAUUUUGAACAUCUUUUCUGGUCGGCCCUGAGUCAUCAGCUCCUGGGAGUUUGUCUGGAAAGUGAUCGUCUGUUAGAAGUACCAGAUGCUCUCAAACUCGCUCAUCUCCAUGGUCUUGUCGUGCUGGCUUGGGGAGAAGCGGUCAAUUCUCCAGAAAAGCGAGCACAACUAUCCGAGCUUGGAGUAGACGGCAUCAUAUAUGACACGCUCAAUGAAACCAAAGAACGAGGCACUCUUAGUAUCUUCAAGCAGAAAAGCCAAGCCUCUUCGCCUGAACCACAUGCAUUGUCUCUAGACGCUCUCCACUUAAUUUCUGUGCCGAAUUUCGAUGGCGCCCGUACAAUGCAGAGACUGGCAAGUAGUGUAGGAUCACCAGAACAGGCCCCAUCAGAACCGAACCCCGAUGUUGUGCCAAGUAGAGAAGCUUUCGGUUCAGCUCACGUGGCAGUAAUGCGUGAACAGUUGAAAUUAGGAAAUCUUUCGCACACUUACUCGACGAACUUAUGUGAGUCGAUUACACCAACUACAGCGGCUACACCAGCUGACAACUUUUCUGGCGUGGCAGAUGUUGCUUCCGGGACAGGUUCCGGCACUCUACAAUCUUCGAACAAGGUACCGCCAGAGGAUCAAGGCCACAUGGGCACCGGACGCAAGAACAGUUCAUCUGGACAGCGUGUUCUGCCAUUGGUUACACUCGCAUGAUCUCUGAUUCAUCAGUUUAACUUUAUUAAAUUCCUGUUGCGCGCCAUUUCGCAGCUGCCUUUUCAAUACCCACUUUCUCUCUUGUGUGUCCACCGAACGACUUGCCGAUUGAAACAUAGUCGACGGCCCUGCAGAAUAUCAAACGGUCCUCCCAACUGAAUUCGCGCCAACAAGUUUCGCGGGUAUCCUUCCAUAUUUAUUUUUGGGUUUAGCUUCCUCCCUCAUUUCUCCUGUUGUCUUUGCGGACUUGUUCAUAUUCUCUCCAUCAUCCUGCCCCUUGUCAUUAUCCUUUCCGUCACAAUCCCAUUUGAAAUAACCCCAGGUUGCCGUCUAGUCACACGGAUUGCGUACCCUUGUGAAAUUUUACUUUCAGUUGAUGCGAAUUCUCCCAGUAUCUUGUGUCAUUUUUCAACCACUCGUCGACUGCUAGGGCUUCCCCUGAUGAUCUCGUGUUUUUACCCCUUUCUCCCUCGGUAACACUUUGAUAGAUUACAUGCGAUGUAAGUAUUGCAAGAAUGUAUAAUGAGCCGUGGAACGAGUCUUCAUGUAAGAUAGUGUUGAAGUCUGCACUAACAAGGGAAAGUUUUUUUUGAUUUUUUAGCACAUGUCAGCAGUCCAAAUGACAUAUCCCAGUGUGUCAAAUCCAUUCAAGAAAGCCUGAAUAAAGUUUUCAAACCCACACAGCCUCUGUAGCAUUCAUUGCUAACGCAUAUAAUCAAUGUAGACUCGCUUAUAACAACCUCUGAAGGCAGUAGAUUAUUACUUCUCAGAAAGUCUACUUCAUCCGUCUCCAACACGUGGGAUGUCUUCAGCGACACCAAAAUCUAGUGACCGCCACUGUAAUUUUUUUGAUUUUUAGCACAUGUCAGCAGUCCAAAUGACAUAUCCCAGUGUGUCAAAUCCAUUCAAGAAAGCCUGAAUAAAGUUUUCAAACCCACACAGCCUCUGUAGCAUUCAUUGCUAACGCAUAUAAUCAAUGUAGACUCGCUUAUAACAACCUCUGAAGGCAGUAGAUUAUUACUUCUCAGAAAGUCUACUUCAUCCGUCUCCAACACGUGGGAUGUCUUCAGCGACACCAAAAU